CCGCUCACCUUCUGUUAGCAUUUGUUGAAAGGUCUCUUUCUUCAGACUGACAACUUCUCUCACAACCGGUAUCUACUAAUGUGUCCCAGGGUUACCACCAUGACGGAUAUAAACAGCCUUCUUGCUGCUGCUACAUUCAGCCUCCACAAUUGUACAAUGUCCAUUCAGACUCUCUGCACAAAAGGUAAACAUCUGUUUCCUGAAUCAUGAGAACAGUUUUCACUCUUACUAAACAGAGGGUGUGAUUUCCCACAUUGUUUGAUGUGAGUAAGUCAUGUGGCUUGUUACUGAACACUCCAUCUGUACUUGGAUCCUGAUCCCAGUGUUCUCACUGACCUGAUGCAUUGUUAUAACACUGUGAAGAACCACUAGAUGGUGAUAUUGACAAAUCUAUUGGUAUAAAAGUUGUUCCACACUAUCCUGUGAGCUGCAACCAAUGGCUAAUGUUGUAGCUGCCAAUUUCUGCUUUUAUUUUCUUAAUAACUGUUUAAAGAUUCAUCUCCAUCUGUGAAUUUAAAAGAGCUUUUUCUUAUUUUGCAUUAAGGGUGUGAAGCUAGAAAUUUAAGUGGAAUUACCAAAAGAAAAACAAAGUAGAACGGCCGAAUGACAAUAAACUCUAAACUCAAGUCAGAUGAUUACAACCACACUGAAAUGGGUCUAGCUUAUUUUUCAAUGUUCUGUCUCCUAUAGAACUUCAUGUUUUGAUACUACACACUUUUUUUUUAAUCUUUUAAUAAUUUGUUCAUAAGAUGACAAGAAACCCACAUCUUGUCUGAUUUCGUGUUGGCCUACAGAUUUCAGGAUUUCAGUCGGACUCAUUUAGAUAAACUAUGAGCACAUUCUACUCAGAUGUGUUAAUAGUCUUAUGGUGAAAACCUGAAUUUGUGCAGUUUAAGAUGGUUUUUCUUCAGCCUCAGCUGUGGCACCUCCUUCUGAUGAUGAGCCUCGGAGGACUCUUUCAGACUGAUGUUUGUGCCGGCCAGCAGUUGGUAGAGAUCCAGGAGGGUCCAUUGUACCGUGUGAAAGGAUUUCCAAUGUCUAUCUCCUGUAAUGUUAGUGGCCUUAAAAAUUCAAGGACUCAAGAUUUUGCUUUUUCAAUCUUUCAGCCAAAGAAGCCAGAGGUUCAAAUAGCAAUUAUUAGCACUUGUGAUCCAUCUUAUCCUUAUGCAAAGUACUCUAAAAGAGUGCGGGAGAAAAAUAUUGUGAUUGAAAGGCAGUCAAACACUUCAGUUAUUUUCCACAUUAAGUCUCUGGAAGCAGAAGAUUCUGGAGAAUAUGAAUGUUACACUCCAAAUACAGAUUUGGUGUAUUUCGGAACCUACAACGCAAAAACAACAGUGAAAGUGAUUGAGGAUACUCUGUUGGCAUCAUACUCUGGACCUGCAUCUCUUAGCGUCUCUGUAGGUGAAUCCAUUCAGCUAGAAUGCCAAGUCUCCAGUCAGACCUUUCAACACACUCAUCUGUCUGUUACAUGGUAUCUGCGUGGUAGCACUGACACUCGACCCAUCAUCAGUUUGGAUCGAGAUUUAACUGUAAGGCCUGGAGCAGAGUAUGAGCACAGAUACCAUUCUGGGUUUAUAACUAUGGAGAAGAUAGAAGACACCACUUACAGACUCAAGAUAACUCAGGUACAGCAGUCUGACAGUGGUGAGAUCUACUGCCAGGCUGACGAGUGGAUCCAAGACCCAGAUCGCUCUUGGAUAAGGAUUUGCCACAGGAAUUCUACAGGCUCAAACAUUGAGGUCAAAACUCUAGCUCAUGAAGAGGGAUCUUUUGUUACUCAAAUUCAGGUUCUGAAUGGGGCCCUGGAGGAAGGAGACAUGAUGGAGAUCCACUGCAGAUUAGAGGCUCAGAAUCUUCCUGGAUAUUCUUUCUCCAUGACUUGGCUGAGAAACAACAUGAUUGUAGCUCAAAUUGAUCACAGUGGUGUGCAGACUGUAGAUAAUACCUACAUGAAAAGAGAGAAAGAUGGUGAACUGAGAACUGUGAAGAAGAAAAAUACAAUCUUCAUUCUUACUAUCCAACCAGUCAGGGUUGAAGAUCAAGGCAUCUAUCAGUGUAAAGCUGAACAAGUAGAGAAGUUAGAGACUGGGUCGUUCAUCGAAAGAAAAAGCCAGCUAUCACAUGAAGAAACUGUGCACAUCAGAACCAAAGAGAGUAGUUUGGCUGUGGUCAUGACAAAGCAGAUGGUUCCUGUGACUGAAGGGGAAACACUACAAAUCUUCUGCAGUGUCUCUGGAACCAAAGGGCUGCUGUCCGUGUCAUGGCAGCACAAAAAAUCUUCAGGCAGCUCUUUCAGCGAUGUUAUAACCCUGAGUCGUGAGGGGGUGAUGGGAGAUGUAGGGGCCAAGUAUCAGCACAGGGGUGUACGUACAUUUCGGUCUAAUGUUGCAGAUUUCAUUUUGGAGUUAAGUGGAGCUCUUCUUUCUGACAGUGGUGAAUAUAUGUGUACUGUGUCUGAGUGGAGUAUAGAGAGCAAUGGCAACCUGAAGAAAGUGAACAGCCAGUCACAGCAAGGCCAGAUUUCAGUUAAUUCUAUUGAAUCACUUGUAAAAGUGGUAUUGAAAAGUCGUGACACAUCUGUAACUGAGAACUCUGCAAUAAAAAUGAUUUGCUCUGUAAAAACACCUAAAAUUUCCUUAGCUGUGACUUGGAUGUUUGAACCACAGAAUUCAACAGCUCAAAAAAACAUUAUAUGUAUGGAUCAUACUGGAAGCAUAUCUUGUGGAGCAGAGCAGCAGGACUAUCAGGUAGAAACACAAGUGCGAGAAUCAGGCACAGAUUUUAUUCUCAAGGUGUUGAGAGCAAGUAAGCGACAAGUGGGAAGGUACAAGUGCCAGAUUGAUGCAUAUGACAAAAAUAUUCAGAAGACCAAGAAACUGUCUAAUUCACUGGCCGUCACUGUACACAGACCUGAUAGCAAGCUGUCUGUCUCCACCAGCCAAAGGUCUCCACUGAAAAUCCAAGCCAAUAGUGACGGAGUGAUUAAAUGCUUGGUGUCCACAGCAACUUCUGAUUCUUCUCGUUUUGAGGUAACCUGGACACGUGGCAAUCAGACAUUGCUUAAAUUGGAACCAGAAGGUGUGGUCACUCUGGAGACAGAUGAAAGGAUCAGCAUAAUAAGGACUGAUAGAAAGACCUUCCAACUGAGGAUACAACAGCUGAAGACAUCAGACAGCGGACACUACCGCUGUUCUGUACAGGAAUGGAUUCAAGAUCCCGAUGGCAUCUGGUAUGGUCUUGACACAAAAUCUGUCGCUGUGGAACUAGUUGUGUUUGAAAAAGAAAGUGAUUUUAGCAUGGAUAAAUCUAAUGUUCAGCUGAAGGCCACAGAAGGUGAACAGGUUAAACUCAGCUGCUCUCUGGGGCCUGGUGUACUUGACCACACAUUUCGUUACUCUCUGAGCUGGUUCUUUCAACAAGAUCAAAGUUCCUCCAUAAUUAAGCUACUUACCUACAGCCACGAUGGACGUCUUAUGUUCCAAGUAUCUGAUCCAGAUCUUCAACAUAGACUUUAUUUCUCCAGACCCACUUUUAGUGUCUUUCAUCUGUCCAUCUUGAAUUCUAUCCCGUCUGACAGUGGAAGUUAUUAUUGUGAAGUAGAUCAGUAUCAGUAUGAUUGCAAAAGCAAAUGGGAAAUGAAAGUGAGUGACAAAUCCGGGUUUUCCAAUGUCACUGUACAUUCUAUAGAGAGCAAGCUGCAUGUACACAAAUCCAGUCGCUUUCUCAACAUUACUGAUAUUCAGACCGGCUUUAUGGUAGAAUGUGAGAUCAGCUCCCGUUCUAGCGAGAUGUCUGUGCUUGAAGUGAUCUGGUCCAGGAGGCAGAGUGAAGAGAAGCCUCUGACCAUUUUCACUGCAAGACGAGAUGGAACUCUACACAGCACGAUCAUUGAUAGAACUCUGGUGUACGGCCGGCCCAGUACCACUCGCUACACACUCACUGUACCCAAUGUUGAUACCUCUGAUAAUGGCCAGUACCAGUGUCAGGUUAUAGAAUGGUUACAGACAGCUGCUAACACCUGGAGGAAGGUAGCUGAAGACAAAUCAGGAGGACUUUCUGUCAGUGUCCCUGUUAAAGCACCUAUAUAUGAUCCAGGAUGGUCUUCUGGAGUACCACUGUACAUCCUCAUUCUUCUGCUUUUCUUCCUGUUUGUGAUCGUCCUAAUUCUGGGGAUUAAACUUAAAAGGAUAAAAUCUGCUUCAAAAAAACAGAAGAAAUCUUUGUGGGCUGAAAAUAUGCCACUUAGUGCUGUUACAGGAACAGCAGCAGGUAAAAAGGACAUUGACUAAAGCUGAAAAGUCACAUUUUUACUGAAAAGACUUUAAUGUGUCCAUACCAUGUUAUAUGAGAGUUAAGAUCCUGAAACAUCUGCCUUAUAGAAUAGUAGUAAUGUACUAACAUUGUCUUAUAUAAGGUCAUUUUAUGAAUAUGAAAAAAGCAGAUUAGUGUCUGCAACUCUGAUAAGAUUAACAUAAUAGAGAAAAUAAGAAAAUAAAUAAAUAAAUAAAUAAACAAACAAACAAACAAACAAACAAACAAAUAAAUAAAUAAAUACGAAUUCUUUAAUACAUUUAAAUCUUUAACAGCUGUGGACUAUAUGGAAAGGUUACACACUGUUUUUAUAACAAUAUUGUUGUAGUAAAUCUGAGCAUAGAAAUAUUGAUGUGAUGAUGGCUACAACCAGAGCUUGAACUAGAACUAGAGCUAGUAAUGUUAAAUAAUACAGUAUAAGCAUUAAGGAAGGAGUAUGAUGACCAUAGACAUGUUUUUAACUUUCAUAGUUUUAUAGAAUUACAGUACAUUAUUACUUAAAUCUGGUCUGUUAAUUGAUAAGAUUUAUUUAUUUUUUUAUCUGUGCAUGGAACAACACUAUAAAAAGGAGCUAGGUUUAUUUGGUAAUAUGUUCAGAGCAAAGAUUGAUAACUAUAUUCAUGGAAAGGUGGAUAAAGAUUUAACAGAAUGUGUCUUUGCUUUGGAUAAAUGAAUUUGAUGCAUUAAUAGCUGAAAUACCUGUAUGUAAUAUGUAUAGUGGACACAAAACAGUAAUAUUAAAUCAGUUUUUUAGACACAAAAAGCCGCAUAAACAUUUUGAUGUGUAUAUGUUUUAACAGUAGGUUUUCUGAGUGUUUCUUUAUACUGGUACUGCCCCUUUAAGAGGGUGCGGUAGCCAUCCAGUCAGAGUGAGUGAGCGUGCACGAGUGAUUGCGUGAACGAUCACGCAGGAAAGACGUGCGUAAUAGCGCGUGAGAGUAGUUCUGACUGUUUAGUUCUGACUGUUUCUUUUUUUAUUUAUUUAUAUAAAGGUGUAUUUCUUAGUAACAGUUUAUCAGAAAACGAUCCAAAUCAGAUUUAUUUCACAAACUUAUGAGAGGAAAAAAGGUGUGAUAUCGGUUGAGAAGUGCACGUGACCUCUCUUAUGAUAGAUAGAUAAAUAGAUAGAUAGAUAGAACUUUAUUGUCAUUGCAUAGUACAGGUACACAGGCAACUAAAUGUAGUUUGGCAUCUACCAGAAGUGCAAAGAGUAGCAAUUGUGCAAAUAGACAAGUGCAGAUAUAUAUGUAGCAUAUGUACAGCAUGUAAUAUAUAUAUAUAUAUAUAUAUAUAUAUAUAUUUGUGUGUGUGUGUGUGUGUGUGUGUGUGUGUGUGUGUGUGUGUGUGUGUGUGUGUGCGCGUGUGUGUGUGUGUGUAUGUAUAGGGAGAGAGAGAUAGACAUUAUAUAGAUAAUGUAAUAUAAUGUAAUAUAUACAUUGUAUGUAGAAUUGUACAGAAGUUAUAUACAGUAUUUUUACAGUGUUCUAACGGUGUAGUGUAGAGUUCAGUAGUGUGGUUUUGGAUAGAAAAAAGCUGUCCCUGAACCUGCUGGUUAAACAGUUUGUGACUGGGAUGUGAAGAGUCCUUGAAGAUGUUGUGAGCUCUGCACAGACAUCUGCUGUGGUGAAGGUGCUCAAUGGCAGGUAGUUGGGUGCCAGUGAUGCGUUGGGCGAUGAUGCGUUGGGCAAGGCCCCGCCUCCCCCUGCCUCAUUUUACAGCGCGUGUUAAUGUUUACUGUGUAGAUGACAAUAUGAAGCAGAGCUAUCCAUCUGGCCAUGAAAAGAGAAAAAAGAAACAAAAUGAGAGUGAAAUGCGAGAACAACAAUCAGGUAAACUUGUGUUCUCUUCAAGUUUGAUGUCAGCAAGAGCAAAAACAGUAAAGUUAAGUUAAGUAAAGAUGUGAUUCUGUCUCUAGUCUCUAUCUGACUAGCUAAAUUAGCUGUGCAGUACUGCCCGACACGAAAAGGAUUGACACGAAGACUUACAGCAAGAUUACAGAUUCCAAAAUGGUCAAAUACCGAUUAUAUAUUAUAAAAUAUUCCAUUCAAUAAAGAUUUCUUAAUACCUCAUUCAAUUCUGUAUUGUUUUACUCUUUGACCGAGAACUGGAGCAAACUUUUUUAAAAGGAGGGAGGUUUGUAGUGGGAGCAGUGGGGUGUCAAGUGUGAAUGUGUGGCAAAUGGUUUACAUGGCUCACGGGUCAGGUAGGAGGGCCCCUUAGCAGAAUUUUUCUUAGGGCCCCAGGGAGGUCAGGAUCAGCUCUGAACAAAGGUGUCAAUGUAAAAAGACAAAAUAAAAUAAUGCAUGGCUUCUUAGGUUUUCUGUAGCCUUUUCUGGUGGUUAAAUGCAUUAUUACACGUCAGUGAUUCACCCUACACAUUUUAAUGGAAAACAUCCUGUGCAUUCAUAGAGGUUAAAAUUUCACUGCUUAUGAAAGGAGUUCAACUUGGAACCUAAUCGUAUUCUGACAAUUUUAUUGUAGCUUCAUUAAGGAUUUUCCAAGAAGGACACAAUAAAUAUCUGUUUUGUUAAACUUG